CCCGCCUUUUCUGGCCCCUUGUGGGAGCCGUUUGUUCCUCAAUAUGGGGACAAUACAUUUGUUUCGCAAAUCACAAAGAUCCCUCCUUGGCAAAUUAACACAAGAAUUUAGAUUAGUAACAGCUGAUCGAAGGACCUGGAAAAUCUUGCUGUUUGGUACAAUAAAUUUAGUAUGUACUGGCUUCCUGCUGAUGUGGUGCAGUUCUACAAACAGUAUAGCUUUAACUGCGUACACCUACCUGACCAUCUUUGAUCUUUUUAGCUUAAUAACAUGCUUAAUAAGUUAUUGGGUAAUGAUGAAGAAGCCCAGUCCAACUUAUUCAUUUGGGUUUGAGAGAUUUGAAGUGCUAGCAGUAUUUGCUUCCACAGUUCUUGCACAACUUGGAGCUCUUUUUAUACUAAAAGAAAGUGCUGAACGAUUUCUGGAGCAACCAGAGAUACACACGGGUCGAUUGUUGGUUGGUACCUUUGUGGCACUCUCUUUCAACCUGUUUACAAUGCUUUCUAUUAGAAACAAGCCUUUUGUUUAUGUCUCUGAAGCUGCAAGUACAAGCUGGCUUCAAGAACAUGUUGCAGACCUCAGCAGGAGUUUAUGCGGCAUCAUUCCCGGAUUGAGCAGCAUCUUCCUUCCACGAAUGAAUCCAUUUGUCUUAAUUGACCUUGCAGGAGCUUUAGCUCUUUGUAUUACAUACAUGCUAAUUGAAAUUAACAAUUAUUUUGCUGUUGACACUGCAUCUGCAGUAGCCAUUGCCUUGAUGACAUUUGGUACCAUGUAUCCCAUGAGUGUCUACAGCGGAAAGGUAUUACUUCAGACAACACCAUCUCAUGUGAUUGGACAGCUAGAUAAACUUAUAAGAGAGGUUUCCACUUUAGAUGGCGUCUUAGAGGUUCGAAAUGAACAUUUCUGGACACUGGGUUUUGGUACUCUGGCUGGAUCAGUACAUGUAAGAAUUCGGAGAGAUGCCAAUGAACAAAUGGUACUUGCUCAUGUGACCAAUCGAUUAUAUACUCUAGUGUCCACUUUGACUGUUCAAAUUUUCAAAGAUGACUGGAUCAGGCCUACCUUGGCCUCUGGACCUAUUACCAGCAAUAUGCUGAAUCUUUCAGACCAUCACAUCAUUCCAAUGCCACCUUUAAAGAUGGCAGAAAACUCUAAUCCUGCUACAUCUACUCCAGCUAAACCAAGCAGCCCACCUCCAGAAUUCUCUUUUAACACACCAGGCAAAAAUAUGAACCCAGUCAUUCUCAUGAACACUCAAACCAGACCUUAUGGUCUGGGGUUCAACCGUGGAACAGUACCUUACAGCAGUGUGUUCACUCAAGGAUUUGGAAUGCCAGGAAUGGGAGCAACCCACGGAUUCAGGACUGGCUUUAUAAAUGCCCCCCACAGAUACGGAACUGGCACUCAAGAUCAGUCCAGACCGUAAUAACCAUUUCCUCUAUUUAUUGUUUGACUUUUUUCACUUAUUUUAUUGCUCACCUUUUACAAGACCAUUCAAAUGUUCUAGGUGACUGGGAUCAAAUAUUUCCAAAAAUCAGGAAAAUGUAUGUUUAUGUUUUCAUUUAAUCUUAAAGCAGUUACUGCUGUCAAGAACUGCCCCAGCUUGACAAAUAAACAGCUUAAUUAUAUUCUUAUUCCCCCCCCCCUAAUUUUUACAGCAUAAUAUGAAUGGAAUUUCAGAAAAGAACAAAGUUGCAAAGGAAUGGGUUUUGUAUCCUUUUCUUCAUCUGAUAAUUAGGGAGUGUUCUCAGUUGAUGUAACGUUCUUAAUUUUCUAAAAUUUCAGUGCCUCUGAUGCAAUCAUAUGAUCAUUUUUAAAGUCACAUUUUCCUUCACUGGAAAAAUGUUUGCUAUAAAAAUACCUACUUGGAGGUAAAACAGAUUUCUGAAAUCCACUUUUGACAUGAAGGUAUUAUUGUUUUAUCUAUAUCACUGUGAGGUUUACAAAACUUCUGUUGGUUCUUUUACAGUUGUAACUAUUGCAGAUUCAUUUUUAUGUCCAUCUUCUUUGCUGGACAGUAUGCUGGAAAAUAAAGUAUUAAACAUGGAAAACUGCUUUUAAAACCUGUUAAUCUUCUUUGAAGCAUUUAGAGAAGAUGCAUUUGUAUGAUGAUUGGGUGUUUUUGUUAUCUUACUAGAAUCCAGAUGUUUUGAGAACACUACUUUUCAAAUUAGUCUGCACCUGCUUUUAAAUAAUAAUGAUACCUCUUCGUAAUAAGGAAGAGGCUCAUACAGAAUGUCUAGCUCCUUACCCUGUAAUUUUCAUUAAUGUUCCCUGAGAAGGAGGUGCAGCUUAAAUAUUUGUGAUGCUUCUCUUUAUGGUUAGAUAGAAGACUGCUUGGUUUGUGUUCUAACUGAUUUCUCAUAUAUUGGGGGAAAAUUGCAGCCAGUAUCCACUUUUCUAACAUGGAAAAUCAGUGUGGCCGGUUCUCCUCCCAAAAAAUUACACUAUAACAGCAUUCCUGGAAUCAAAUAGCUAUCAUAGGAAUGUGGAAUUUCCCUUCUCCUUCAAAUUGUUCUUCAAGAAUAAAGACAGCAUAUUACAUUGUAUCCCUCAUGCUGGCGAUUCAAACGACCCUACUUACAAUCUGCAAGAAGGACGGAGGGGUGGGGGAUCUGAGUUCCUCCUUCUCCCUCCCCACAUGAUGGAUAGUUAACCUUCCUCUGCCUUUUCAGACUCAUCAAUUUAGUGGUAAACCUGUGCAGGGUCCUCUGUGAAGCAGGGCACUACCUAAGCAAAUUCACUUCUGUCAUUUGAUGCUAUAGUUUAGACUAUUUCCUCUGCCUUUUCUGUUCAAUGAGACUUUAUAGAAAUAAAUGGUUUGGGUCAUUCAAUGUGUGUUACAUUGAAAACAUGUUUGCUAUGGCUGAUGAGGAGUUCUUGAACUGGAAAGGUCAUAUUCUCCUAGGCUAAUAGAAGUUGGUCCAGUGAAAGACAUUCUCUUAUUCACUGUGUAUUGUUCUUUAAAUGUGUGUAAGUGUGGGAAUAAAUGAAUGGGCUCUGUCUGACUUAAUGACGUUUAUUUUAUUGUAUGAUGAUAAUCUUGCCUUUUCAAAUGUGUAAACAGA